AUGUCGACAGAAGAUGUGUUUGUUGAGUCUGCUGGAGAGAAGUAUAGACUUCAGGUACUGCGCGAUUUCCGUAAGUUUAAGGAGUUGGUCCUCUCAACAAAUGCAUGGACGAAGCAAUACUCCGACUCUCACACGCUUGUGGAAACGCGGCCACCUGAGGACAAAAGCACGGGAAUUAAUAUCGUGCGUGUGAAGCGAGAGAUGCCAGGAGUGACGUGUGAAGAUCUUUACGACACCUUACACGAUGCGGGAUACCGCGCGACAUGGGAUGAGAACAUGUUGGAAGGUAAAAAUAUCGCGACCUUGAGCCCACACAAUGAUAUUGGCUACUAUGCCGUAAAGCUGCCGUGGCCAUUAAAGAACCGCGACUUUUGCAACCUUCGCUCGUGGAUGGAGUUCACCAAUGGUGAGUUCGUCAUCUUCAACCACUCCGUCAAACACCCGAACUGCCCGGAAAAGAAACAAUUUGUUCGCGCCCGCUCCAUCAUUACCGGCUACCUUAUACAACCAUUUGGCGAUGGGGGCUGCCUGCUGUCGUAUAUCACCUGCAGCGAUCCAUGCGGCUCUAUUCCGCACAGUGUUAUAAACUUCACCACAACACGUAUCGUUCCAAAGGUGAUGAACCAACUGCAGAAGUGUGCGUUGAAAUAUGGUGAAUAUUUCGCAAAGAAUGGCAAGUGCCCACGCGAGGAGUUACCAUGGCGUACACCCAAGAUGAAUUGGAGUAGUACUUUUAACUACCCUGGGGAGGAAGAGGCAGCGACAUCAGGAGCUAAUGUGGGACUUAAUGAUACGCGGGAGGGAACCGUAAACCGUGAUGGUGAGCGUGUGAUGUCAUUAAUGGAGGAAUCAUCCCUUGCAGCGGGUUCUCAGUAUUCCUCUCCCGCUUGUGAUGGCUUGACGGGGCGGUGUGUUGGGGCUGAAAGCGCUACGCCCACGACGGCAGAAGGGGAUUCGCCAGUAGUUCAACAGUACAAAGACAUCAUGCACCGAUUGGCGAAUGUUGCUGAUGAUACGUUCAUUGUUGAGGGAAGGGCACCUGCCGUUGCGGAAUAUACGUCCCGUGUUGGUGUAUUUGUUGAUGGUGUCCGGCGUACAUCUCCCCAUUAA